AUGACAAAGAAAGUUGGUAAGAAGUUCGCUUGGGUGAUAAAGAACUUCUCCUCUUUGCAAUGUGACAAGUUUUAUUCUGUUCCAUUCCAGAUUGAUGACUGCAAAUGGCGUAUUCUCGCCUAUCCAAAGGGAGACAACUGUGAUCACUUGUCUCUGUUUCUGGAAAUUGCUGAUGUUGCAUCACUGCCUUCUGGAUGGAGAAGAUACGUAAAGCUUCGGCUAUCUGUAGUAAAACAGCUUGUCUCUCUAUCUGGAAAAACAGAGCACUGUUUUGAUGGCAAGUCAACCAUUUGGGGUUUUCCAGCAAUGCUUCCCCUUACCAACCUUCAUGACAAAGAUGGUGGAUUUCUUGUGAACGGAGAACUCAUGAUUGUUGCAGAGUUGGAUGUUCUGGAUGUCAUUGGAACAUUAGUUGCAUUAGAGAACCCUGAAGACGCAUCUAAACUUGUGAGCAAGAAAAAGGAGAAUGUUGGUGUUGAGUCUAAUGAUUUGCUCAAGAAAACUUCACCACCAAAUGAAAGCAACAAUGUCAAUGGGAUUAAACAGAUGCAAAAUUCUGUGAAAACAAAUCCGAAGAAGAAACGUAUGUGGAUAGCUUUUCUGAUGAUCGUCUGGUUUCUAAAUUAUUCUCAUGAUAUGGCGCGUGACGUGAGGAACGCUAGGCUGUAA